CGCCGCCCAGUGACUCUCGCUUCUUCAGACGAGUCACAACCUUCCCCGACAGAAAGUGGAUGACAUGGGGAUGGUGGCUGAUGGGGGGAACGCACUGCCAUAUCUCACAUACCAGAGCAUGUUGCAGAGCCUUUUGCACCUCAUCACGAAGCUGGAGGAGGGGCCAGCUUCUUAUUUGGCAAGGUCCAUUGACCAGCGACAGGCGGCGAUUUUGAUGCGACACUGCUACGCAGUCCUUGAGGAGGGGCAAGCGCCGUGUGCUGUGUCAACGGAGCGCUGGUAUGCUCAGUUCAAUGUGGAGGACGAGGACGAUUCGCCAUCAUCACCUUCAACACCUAUGCAAGUGGUAGGAUGUCCAUGCAUCGGCGAAAACAGAAACAACAACAUCAACAACAUCAACAACAACAACAGCAAUAUCGAUGCAGCAGUGGCCGUUCCCUUUGAUGCCAAUUCUUGCACCGGCGAGAUUGGUGGCAUCAACAGCUAUAACAACACCAACAACAACACCGGCAACGAUAUCGACGAUGUGAUCUCACGAUCGUGUGCUGGCGAAAGCGGCAACGACAACAACAACAAGAACAACAAUGACAACAACAACAACAACAUCAACAACAACAACAACGACAAUGCAGAGGACACCAGUUCUAGUGAUGGUGAUUCUGACACUGGCCAGAUCGGCGGUUCCAUCAGUUUCAACAACAACAACAACACUAAUGGCGGCAACAACAACAAUAACAACAAUCACACCGAUAACAGUAACGAGAGAUUCAUCGAUUGGGUGACUGGCGAAAUCGACAUCCACAACAACAACAACGACAAUGCAGAGGACACCAGUUCUAGUGAUGGUGAUUCUGACACUGGCCAGAUCGGCGGUUCCAUCAGUUUCAACAACAACAACAACACUAAUGGCGGCAACAACAACAAUAACAACAAUCACACCGAUAACAGUAACGAGAGAUUCAUCGAUUGGGUGACUGGCGAAAUCGACAUCCACAACAACAACAACGACAAUAAUGGUAAUAAUGCGGUGAGUGCGUCGGGGGAUGGCCGACGGCUCCUUUCUCCUCUUUCCCCCUUCUUUUCUCCGUUCUGGCCGCCGAUGAAGAGUACCAGCGGCUAGACGAUAGGACCCCAUGCACCUUUACUAUA